CGACAGGAGUACUUUAAGCUCCGCCCCAUUGAGAGGCGGGGACCAAAGCGGAGGUUGCUUUUUCUCGCACUCCAUUGGAGCGGCGACGUGUCUGUUUCGUAGCGUCACCUCGAGGGAGGGGCGGGAAAGAAGGCAGAUAAAUUCCGAUUAGGGAAGGAGACCUGCAUCAUGGUGACACUUAUUGAUAGGGGUAUUAAUGCUUGUUCUGUUUCCUUAAAUAGAAAGUGUUGACACUGGUUUUCCAGUGAAAAAGAGAAUCAAAUAUGUCUUCUGCCCUUGCUUCACAUUCUGCUUCCCAACUAACUGUGGCAUCACAAGUUCCUUUUGUGGAUCUGUGUUCAACCUUAGAACGAAUACAGAAAUGCAAAUCCCGACCAGAGAAAACAAGGCAUUUCAAGGAUUUUUUAGAUUCCUGGAGGCAGUUUCAUGAUGCUCUUCAUAAAAAUCAGAAGGAUGUGACCGACUCAUUUUAUCCUGCAAUGAGACUUAUUCUGCCUCAGCUGGAAAGAGAGAGGAUGGCUUAUGGAAUUAAAGAAACUAUGCUUGCUAAGCUCUAUAUUGAACUGUUAAAUUUACCCAGAGAUGGAAAAGAUGCAUUAAAACUUUUAAAUUAUCGUACGCCUACUGGUUCACAGAGAGAAGCUGGAGAUUUUGCUAUAAUUGCCUAUUUUGUAUUGAAACCAAGAUGUCUCAAGCAAGGUCAACUGACCAUAGAACAAGUAAACACUCUGUUAGACUCUGUUUCUAACAAUAAUGCAGCCAAAAGGAAAGACCUGGUUAAGAAAAGCCUUCUUCAGUUAAUUACUCAGACUUCAGCACUUGAACAGAAAUGGUUGAUCAGGAUGAUCUUAAAAGAUUUGAAGCUUGGUAUAAGCCAGCAAACCAUAUUUUCUAUCUUCCAUCCUGAUGCUGCAGAGCUGCAUAAUGUUACAACUGAUUUGGAGAAGGUUUGUAGGCAGUUGCACAAUCCUUCUGUAUGUCUUAGUGAUGUCUCAAUUACAUUAUUUUCUGCCUUUAAACCAAUGCUUGCUGCUAUUGCCAACAUACAACAAAUUGAAAAACAAAUGAAUAACCAAAGUUUCUAUAUAGAAACCAAAUUAGAUGGUGAACGAAUGCAGAUGCAUAAAGAUGGAGAUGUUUACAAGUAUUUUUCUCGAAAUGGAUAUGAUUACACUCAACAGUUUGGUGCAUCUCCCCUUGAAGGCUCACUGACUCCAUUUGUUCAUAAUGUCUUUAAAGAUAAUGUUCAGAACUGCAUUUUAGAUGGUGAAAUGAUGGCCUACAAUCCCACCACAGAGAUCUUCAUGCAGAAGGGAAGCAGGUUUGACAUCAAAAGAAUGGUAGAUGAAUCUGAAUUACAGACAUGCUUCUGUGUAUUUGAUGUCUUAAUGGUUAAUGAUCAGAAGCUGGGUCAUGAGAUGCUGAGCAGAAGGUAUGAGAUACUCAAUAAGAUAUUUACACCAAUACCAGGUCGAAUGCAGGUUGUUCUUAAAUGUCAAGCCAGCACUAGGAAGGAAGUAGUGGAUGCUCUAAAUGAAGCUAUAGAUAACAGGGAAGAAGGGAUUGUGGUGAAAGACCCCAUGUCAACUUACAAGCCAGAUAAACGUGGGGAUGGGUGGCUGAAGAUCAAACCAGAGUAUGUCAGUGGACUGAUGGAUGAACUAGACCUUUUAAUUGUUGGAGGCUACUGGGGAAAAGGCCUUCGUGGUGGCAUGAUGUCACAUUUUUUAUGUGCUGUUGCUGAGACUCCUCCAACUGGAGAAAAACCUUCUGUGUUUCAUUCCAUUUGCCGUGUUGGUUCUGGUUACACAAUGAAAGAACUGUAUGAUCUUGGCUUGAAAUUAGCAAAAUACUGGAAGCCCUACCAUAAAAGGGAUCCUCCUUGUAAUAUUCUGUGUGGCACUGAGAAACCUGAAGUCUACAUUGAACCUUGCAAUUCAGUCAUAGUUCAGAUUAAAGCAGCUGAGAUUGUGAAUAGCGAUAUGUACAAAACUGACUGUACAUUACGUUUCCCUCGAAUUGAGAGAAUAAGAGAAGAUAAAGAAUGGCAUGAAUGCAUGACUCUCAACCUUUUAGAACAACUCAGAGGGAAGGCUUCUGGAAAGCUAGCAACUAAGCAUCUUGAUAUAGAUAUUGAUAAGCCACAGGAAAAAAAACGUAAAACUGUGUCAAAGGUUAAAAAGAAAAUUGGUUUAAUAGAUCAUUUUAAAGCCCCUGAUCUUGCUAAUAUAUACAAAAUUUCCAAUAUGUUUGAAGAUAUUGAAUUUUGCGUUAUGACUGGGGCAGAAAAUUAUACAAAAUGUGAACUGGAAAGUAAAAUAGUGGAAUGUGGUGGGAGCAUAGUACAAAAUCCUGGUGUGGACACUUAUUGUGUUGUUGCAGGAACUGAAAACGUUCGUGUGAAAAAUAUUAUUUCUUCUAACAAGUAUGAUGUAGUGAGAGUAGAAUGGCUUUUACAGUGCUUUCAGACCAAAGCAUUUGUGCCCUGGCAGCCUGCUUGCAUGAUUCAUAUGUCCCCAGAAACAAAAGAACACUUCGCUUGUGUUUAUGACUGCUAUGGUGAUAGCUAUACAGUUGAUACUGAUAUGGUUCAGUUGAAGGAAGUAUUCUCAAGAAUGAAUAAUGUGGGAGAAAAGAUCUCUUGGGAUGUGAUUGCUGAUACAGAAGCACGCUAUUUAUGGGACUGCUCUCUGUUAAAUUUGUUCAGACAGCACAUCAUUUAUCUGGAUCCAUUGGAUGAAGUGAGCACCUCAGAUACUAAGAUGACUCAGAAAAGAUGGUUGACUGUAGCGCUAAUACUUCGAUUUCAUGGAGCACAAGUAGUCUCCCAGCUGAAGGAGGGUGUGUCGCAUGUAAUCAUUAGAAACCAUGUUAAUUUGGAAAGGCUAAAGACAGUCAGAAGAAAUUUUGAAAGGAAGUUUAAAAUUGUAUCUGAACAGUGGGUAAAGGAUUCCAUAAAGGCAGGGCAGUUGCAAAAUGAAAAUAUUUACUUAAUGUAGACAAUUUUAUAUAGUAAUAAAAGAGAUAGUUGGUUAACUUCAUAUGCCUAUUUUUAAAAAUCCUCCCUGGCCUUUUCUAAUAUUUCUCUGUGUGCUUUAAUAUUUUAAGGUUAAUAAGGUUUGGGAUUGAAUAUAAUGCUGAAAAAGAUUGGGUUGAUUUUUAAGAUUCUAGCAGUUAAUUUAAUUAUACAGUGUAUCCAUAUUAUAUUCAAACAUAUUUUAAAUUUUUUUCCUGCCAUUUAGAAAUAAAGCCGCAGGCGAGUUAGUGUAAAAUAUUUGAAGCUGAAGUAAUUGAAUCCCACCAAAAACAAGCAAGGUUGCUAAGGCUUUGGUUCUAGUAUACUGAUUUAAUUCAUCUCAGGAAUGUGGCUGUUCAUUUAAAUGGAUGGUUUCAUUCAACUUUAAAGUCCUGUUCUAAUGACACAACUUUUAAUAACUAACCUAGGAAAUAACUAUCCGUGUUAACACAUUGUAAUGCUAUAGUAUUAUAUAGUGUCAUUCUUCAGCCAUCAUAAAAUAUUCUGAACCAAGAACUAUUCUCUUAAACUAAAUUUGACGGAUGCCAGUUUUAUCCAUGUUUUCACAUUAAAAAUUAAACCAUUCAAAAACACUUAGUUAUAUUUCCGAAUCAAAUUAUUUAGGUGGUUUUAAUAAUAAUAAUGCAAAUUUUAAAUUAAGUAUACUGUAAAAUAAUGGCACUGUGCGAUUCAUAACUACAGUUAUGUUUUGCUUUAACAUAAUGAAUUGUUUUUAAUAGUCUUAUGGAAAGCACUUUGCAUACCUUCAGGAAAAUUCAGAGGCUCACAAUGCAAUCCUAAAUGUACUAGUAAUGUCAUUAUAAUUUUCUUAACAAAGGUCCUUCUGGAGUUAUAACCAGAAUUAAAGUUUAAACAGAGGAUCAGUUUGUUCAUCUUUUGAGACUGCAGGUUUUGAAAGCACUGUUUUUCAUUAGUUUGCCAUUUAUGUAGAGAGAAAAUCUGCUUCUUCUUUUCUUUUUGUCAACUGGAUUUUUAUUUAUAUUUUAAUAAAUAUUGAUUUCUUAUUAAACCGUCUAAACUAUUUUUUC